AUGGAACACAAUUGCCCGUUGAAUAAAGUUCAACUCGGAUAUCAUACCUGGAAUUUGCUUCAUACCAUAGUGGCAAACUAUCCGGACGAACCUUCUCUUCAAAAACAGGAAGAUAUAAAUCAAUUUUUUGAACUACUCGGACGUCUGUACCCUUGUCAAGCAUGUGGUCGUGAUUUUACUCAUUUGUUAACCCAACGACCACCAGAAACUAACUCUCAAAAUACAUUAUCUGAAUGGCUAUGUUCUAUACACAAUGAUGUCAAUCAAAAAAUUGGAAAAUCAAUUUUUGAUUGUAAUAGAGUAAACGAAAGAUGGAGAGACGGAUGGAAUGAUGGAAGUUGUGAUUAA